AUAUAUAGGAAAAAAGGAACGAUAAAAGGUUCAAUGAUAUCAUAAGAUUCGAUCAUUGGAAUAUAACGUAUAUCUCGAUACAAAGAAAUACAUUUAAUCGAUCAAAUUAAUCAAUCGAUCUCGAUGCACAACUCAUUGACUAAAUUCUUGUCGUCAAUGUCGAAAACAUAAAAAAAAUAAAUAAAAUAACAAAAUAAAAAUAAAAAAAUUAUUAGAAAAAGAAAACAAAAAGAAAAUAUAAAAUAAAAUAAAAGAAAAACGUAUCCCUCUUGGCAGAAAGGUCGAAAGUACGAUAGAAUAUCAAUUCGAGAAAUUUUGGAGAUAAAGGAGCGUCUCAUUUAUUUAUAUACAUAUAGAUAUAUAUAUAUAUAUAUAUAUAUAUAUACGUUUCAAAAAAAAUUAAAAAAAGAAAAAAAAGAAGGAAUAAGAAAGAAAACAAUCCCGUCCAAACGCAGAUCUUCUGCUUCGCCUCUUCGACGUCUUGUGUAACGGCGGAGCUGAAUACAACGAGUCGAGGACGACAAGGAAGAGAAGGAAUCUCCUUACUGAAACGAGCACUGCCGUUUGUUCUCCGACAUGGCGGACGAAAAGGAGAAGCAGACGUUCCUGCAGAAAUUGCUGUUCUACACGACCGCGUUCUUCAUCCUCCUCAGCACCUUCAGCCUCUUCGCCUUCCUCUUCUUGGUCCCCUUCGUCAUCGACCCCGCCUUCACUACUAUCUUCAUGCAGUUCGACACUCGGCCCGCCGAGUGUGUCACCAUCGACGUUGAGUCCAGGAGAGGUACGAGCAACUGCUCAUGGACAUCAUGUAGAGAGGGUUGCACCAAGGAGUUGUAUGAUUGCACGCAAAUACGCGUCAACUACAAGCUACCGAUUAAUACAUCCUCCGAGGAUGAAGCUGGACCAUUUGAGGGAGGCAGAGCGGUAGGAGGUGUCGAGGACGACGAAGACAGUACGAGGUUAAAAAAACCGCGUUAUGAACGGGCUCCCAGAGACUAUGAUUACAUCGAAGAUCUCGACGAUGAAGAUUUCGCCGAGGACGACGAUGCAGGACUGCCGAAACCCUUCCCUACAGGUCUCAUGGGCAACGACUCCGAGUGGUACUUCACUGGGGCCAAGCUGUUCCCGAACGUAAAAGGCUGUGGAUACCCUCCAGUGCUGAAUUGCAGUAUUUUCUACCAGCAGUAUGCCAACAUAGGGCAUAACUUUAGCUGUUACUACUCCAAAGUGGAUCCCGGAAUAGUCAUCAGCGAACUCGACAUGUGGCAGGUGUAUAUGAACCUGGUGUACGCAAUGGCAAUUCCGAUACCGUCUUUCAUAAUCUCGGUGAUAUACCUCACCAUCGCCUACUUCAAGAUCUACAACGAAGACGAGGAGGCCCUUGUUGGCGGGGAGGAAGGAGAGGAGGGUGCCGAGGGCGAUGGAAGCAACGGUACGCCUCUGCCGCCCACGAGCGGUGCCCUUACGCCUGGAAGCGAAGCUUUUAGGGAGGACUUGGCGAGUUUCGGUCAUCAGCUCAAGGUCGCGAUGGCUGAUGACAUCAGUAGGGAGAGUCUCGAUGGCAUACCUAACUCGCUCUCGGUUCAGGGCAACUUGAGCAAAACGAUGACGACGAGUAUCUCAACUCCCCCUGGGCCGACGGCAGCAGUCUGAAGCGUCAUUUCCACGGUAUGAACAACAUUUCGUGGAGACCGCAUUAAAAGCCACCUUUUCGUAUCCGCCGAAAGGAAGUAUGUAUAUGAAGGAAGAGAAAGAAAGAGAAAUAGAGAUAAAGAGAUAGACAAAGAAAGGAGAGAGAGAGAGAAAGAAAGAGAGAAAAAAAAUGAACAAGUUUCGAUGACGCUUUAAUGUUAUAUUUGAAACGUUGCUAACCGUGAAGAGCCAAAAUUCUUUUGCCGAUUCGAACACAGCUUCGCGCGUUGUCCUUUUUACAAAGUGAACCAGAGGUAAAUAAAAGAUGGAAAAUAAAAAAGAAAGAGAGAGAGAGAGAGAGGGAGAGAGAGGGAGAAAAAAGAUAAGAAUAAGAGAGGGAAUGUGAACGACACGGCCGUCCCUUCACACCUCGAAUAUAAUAAUAUAUAUUAUAUACACAUAUAUUAUACAUAGAAGUACGUAAUUGAUUUUUUUGCUUCGUCGUGUACUUACAUGCCGAUAGAUCGAUGAUGAUAAGAAAAAAUGGAAGGUUAAAGAAAAUGGAAAAAAAAAAGAAAAAAAAAUAGCUGACCAUCGAUGUUUGGCGCAAAAUCACGCGGAAUAAUUAACCCAAAGAUUAUAAAUCUGUGCCCGUGUAUGCAAUGCAGCAAUUGAUCCUCCUUUAAAAAAAAAAAAAAACGAAAAAAAGCGAAAAAGAAAAGAAAAAAAAGGUUAACACUAACUUUAUCGACAGAGAUAAACGAUAUUUUGUGACAGACAUUUUUCUACUCGAUGAUCGAAAUAUAAAUCACCGCUUCCCUUCCUCUUCUCGCUCCAAUCUUUUACGUUAAACGGUGAAAAUAC